AAAAUCUUGAUUAAAAUCAAAGCUUUAAAUGUUAAUGUUGUUUGAGAUAGGUCAAUUUAUUGUUAAAAACCUUUGGAAAAGGACAAAAUAGCACAUUGCUUACUCUGUAUGUGGUCAAAUAUGUGUAAAACAUUGACAGUUACAGACAGGUAACAGCUGUCAGGUAUCACAUCAAAAGCCAAUUCAAUUUGAAUUCUGAUUUUUAAUUAUUAGUAAUGAUACCUAAUACCGGCUGUAUCUAGACUACAGGAGUUUUAUAACUAUAAAGCUCUUACUGUAUAUAAAACAAGAUUUCAUGUAUUGAAUUGUGAAUGGAAGGUACAGAGUUAUAAACACCCUUUGCUUUGAACUAUGGAUAACACAGAAAUAGAAAACUAUUCAUAAUAUAACAUACAAUAAUGUUUUUAAGACAAAGUUACGUCUUGAGACGCUUUACUUUGCUAAGUAGAAAUGAAAACUUUCGGAUAAACAUGUCCUCUAUUGCGGAAAAUAGUAUAUAUUUAUUAUGUAAACAUCUGGAAAUAGAUGAGUGUCAUGCAAAACUUUUGCAAUUGAAACAACCUGUCCUAAAAGAAAUCAACGAAAAAGAGAUUAAAACAUUAACAAAAACUCUAAAAGAAUUUGGGUUUUCUACACAAACAUUAAUUUUAAACCCAGCAUUAUUUGGUGUAUUACCAAUAACAUUAAAAUAUCGUUAUAAAGUUUUAAAAGAAUGUGGUCUGCAGAGUGUAACACCUAAGAACUUAUUAAGAUAUUUAAAUAUAGUGAAGCAAAAAACUAUAGGGCAAUUGAGAAGUGAUGGUUUUAUUCCUAACCAUCUUAAUAUAGAGAACAGGCUUGCAAGUUGCAUGACACAAUGGCCAACAUCCCUUACAACAUUAAUAUAUGGUGAUGUCAACGAUUUUUCUUUAUAUUCCCUUCGUUUGAAAAUAAUCCAAAGAUAUCUUGAGUUGAUUUUAGACUUAAGUAGUGAUGAAUUUUACCGAGGUUUAAAAACAUAUCCCACUAUCAAACACCGCCCACUUGAAAUUAUUAAUGAAACUUUAAACAUAUUGCAAACACAAAUAAUGAUGCCAAGUUUUAAAAUUAAAUCGAAUCUAUACUUGAUUCAUGCUGAUCCAGAUAAUUUGAAAAAUCUGAUUUACAAUUUUAGAUUUAUAGGUGGUAUUGACAUAAAAGAAAUUUUAAGAUUGCAUCCUAAAAUUGCAAUGAAAAAAUUUUCAAAUAUGGUAGAAAUAAGAAAUGUGUUACAAGAAUUCAAUGUUUCCAAUGAAGCACAGACAAGAUGCUUUGAGAUUUACACUUUAAGUCCAGAAACUAUUAGAAAAAGAUUAGAAAAUGCUAAGCAGACUCCAGAGUUCAUGACAUAUUUGAAUCAUCCACGUUUUUUGAAAAUGAUACAUUAUAAUAAAAAAACAACAAAAAGACUUAUGAACUUAUACGGCCAAAACAAAAAAUGUGUUAGUUUAAAUAUACUAUCAGGCAGUUUUUCACACUAUGAAACAUUUGAGAAAAUGCAUGGGGAUCGCUUAGGCAAGUCAAAAGAUUUGCUAUUCUGUAUUUGUGGAAUUCUAGAAAAUAAGUAUUCCACCAGCGAUAUAAGAAAGUUGCUUAAAAGGCAUCCGUUUUGGCUCAAUAUACCAUUGGUACAAGUUAAAUAUGUUGCAGAACAACUCUUGAAGAAGUUUUCACCGGCAGAUGUAUGUGACAAUUGUAUAAUAUUACUUUAUCCAUGGAACAAAAUUAGAGAUACAAUCCUUAUGUUACACCACAGAGAUUCAUUACUAUUACAUCCAUUUGAUCAUUUAGAUAUGUCUAAACUUAGUGACUCACAGAAGUUAAGUUUAGUACUAUAUUUAUUAGAGAAGAAGCAUUACUUCUCUGGAAAUGGAGUGUGGACUGAAGAUAAAAACAAAAAUGGUGAACUAUCAAUUCAAACAAAACCAACAAAUAAAAGUAUAGUUAGAAUAGCACAGAACUAGAAAUUGGGCUAAAAAUGUGUAGCAUUUCGUGUAUUUGUAUAAGAUAUUGUUUAUUAAUUACAUAUUAAGUUUAAAAA